GAUACACUUUGUGGUACAAAAUGGCGGUAUCCAGUGUCAAAAAUCUUGAUGCACCCGAAAAAGUUGCGACUCCAAGUCCACAGCUUGCCCGAUCUGCUAUCAGUGAAAUUCAUACAUCAGAGGAAACUGGUGUCCCUCUUAAUACACCAUGGACGUUUUAUUUAGACAAGUCUACCCCUGGUACAUCUGCAGCAGAAUAUGCAGCCUGUCUCAGAAAACUUUAUACAGUCAGCACAGUUCAGGGAUUUUGGAGUGUAUAUAACAAUAUACCAGAUGUAAGCAAGUUAAACUCGCGAUAUAGUUAUCAUCUGAUGAGACAUGAGAGGAGACCUGUAUGGGAGGAUAAAGACAAUUGUAAUGGUGGAAACUGGAGAAUGAAGUGUCACAAAUGGGAUACUCCUCAAGUGUGGAAAGAGUUGCUGCUGGCAGCUAUAGGAGAACAUUUAUCUGACUUCCUCAUGGAGGGUGAUGAGAUAAGUGGUAUCAGUGUUAGUAUACGAGAGAGGGACGAUAUUGUCACUAUAUGGAAUACACGGUCACAACUAGCAGAACAAUCAAAUAUGUUAGAAAAAGUGAAAGAACUAGUUCCCAAAGUCACGUUUACAGCUGCAUUCUAUAAAGCAUUUCAAACUCAUCAAGCUUUUGAAGGUUUUAAAAGGUCUUGAACUUGCCCUCUUGUGAUAUUUGACUUUAUUAUUUACCGAAAAUGUACAUUUUUUCGCCACAACGCAUGAGAGAUUUCAAACUAUGUACAGAUUCAGUGGUGUGACAGUGUGAGGAAGCUUAAUUAGCAGCUGGACUGGUACUUAUGUAAACAACAGCCUCAAGUAUUUUGAUUUAUUGUCCACAAAACUUAUAAAACUUUAGGUAGGAGACCAGUCUAAAACUGAAGCAUCUGAUUGGAAGAUUUUCUGAACUGGUUUGAAAUUGACCAAUGGUAGUGUUCCAUUUUGAGACUGGUCAUCAACUUUCUGUUUUAUGUAUUUGGACACAGAUAUGAAUGUCCGAUGUCAGUAUUUGUUCUGGUCAUUUAAUUUAUGCAAUUUGUUGAAAAUUAGGGGUCAAUAUUAGAGACCAUUAAACAGAUUAUAUUUAUAGAAAUUAGUAGAUUUCUUUUCUUUUUUAUGACAAAGAAAGAAAAUUAAAAAAUGGUUGUUAAAGUUUGCUCAUAUUGGUUACAAGAUUAUAUAAAUUUAACAAACAUCAACAUUUUGAUACAGUCUGAGAAUGAUAACCCAGAAAUACAACUUGGUUUUAUAUCUUUGAUAUCACCUAGUACUCUUAAAGAUGUAAAAGAGAAAAAAAAGUUCAUUUUAGUGAAUAUUUUUUCAGUAUUUGGUAAUUUGUUAAAGUGAUCACCAGUUUUGUAAAAGUCAUAAUAGUGCCUGAAUUAAUAAAUUAAUUUAGUAGUAAAGUUAUUUUUCUGUUUAACUUUUUUUUUAGCUGAAUGGACAUGCCAUGCUUUAGAUGUGGAACAACACAUUGUUUAUUUUAGGGAUUUUAAUGUAAAAAUAGUUUUCUUUUUGCAAUUAAAUUGUCAAACUUAGCAGCAAAUAGUGUGAACUUUGGCCAGGCUUCACUGAGAAAAGCAGUUUUGCCUAACUAUAUUUGUUUUUGCCUAACUGUAUUAGUUUUCACCUAACUUUGUAUUAGUUUUAAUAGGUAUAAUAAGCAAAUUAUUCUCAUUGUUAGCAUUCAGAUUUGUAACAAAAGAAGGGAGGGACAUAUGCAAUCUCAUUCAGUAUUUAUGUUAAGAUAUACUCUGUUUAAAUAACAAUUGAUAACAUAUAUAGGUUGCAGGGUAAAUAAGCGCUAUAAUCUAAAAAUAUAUAUUUACUUUUUUCUUUGCAACAAGCUUGAUUUAGGAAUGACCAAAAUCUGUUUUUAAGAUAUAUAAGUUAAGAAAUGCAGUAAAUUUUAUUACACAAGAAUGCUGUGAAAUUGUUGCUAUGUUGCAAGAUGCACUGAAGUCAAAAUUAUCUAAGAUAAAAGACAUUUAAUCUAGAAGUAUUGUUUUACUUUAAAGGCAUAUGCUAGUAUUACAUAAAGACAUAUACAGGUAACAGAAUGAAAACUACAAAUGUACAUAACAAUUUAUUUAAACUUUGUAUGAUCUUGGAAUAUUAUAAGAAAAAAUGGAGAAAAAACGGAGGUCAGCAACCUCAUUUUAAGUUAUCUGCCCUUUUCAAUUGGUUUUAUGUCUUUUUCAAUCAGCUUUAUGUCUUUUUUUUCAAUUGGCUUUAUGUCUUUUUUAAUUGGAUUUAUGUCUUUUUCAAUCUGCUAUAUGUCUAUAUGUAAACCCUAGCAUAUGCUUUUCAUAAUGUUAUUGACUAUAAUUAUUUGUAAAUAAUUUGAUAUUAAAGCUCUGGGAGUUCAGAAAGGUUUUGUUUGAUUAUAUUUACAUAUUAUAUUAAAUGUUCUUUCCAUGCUAUUGUGCAAAUGUAAUUGUGUGUUAUAUAGAAAGGAAACACAUUUUGAAUGUUGA